CGGUGCCGGGCGGGCGGCGGGGCGGGCGGCGGGCGCACAACAGCCCGUGGCGGGCGGCAGGCGGACGACUCGGUGCAGCUCCGCUCCUCGACCCGGCUCCCAUUGCGGCAGGCUCGGCAGGACCUGCCGCCCUCCCCCCGCCCCGAGGAUGGCCGCCCCCGAGGCCGGCAGCACAGGCGGCGUGAUCAGCUACGUGGGCUCCAGCGGCGCCUCGCCCACCCGCACCAGCCCCGUCUCGCUCUGCAGCGACAGCUCCAACGGCAGCUCCCACUGUGGAUCCCAGCCCUUCCCAACCUACUUUCCCCCAUCGCCCACUGGCUCCCUCCAGGAUUCCCGCACCUACAGCGGGGGCUCGCUGCCCCCCCGUGAAGAUGGCUCCCCUUCCUCCUCCUCAUCCUCGUCCUCGUACGGCUCCUCGGUGAACUUCCCUGGAGUGCAGCAGGUCCCCACGGAGGAGCGGCGCCGCAGCUCGCCCAGCAAAGCUGGCAGCACUGUCACCAAGCUGAACGGGAUGGUGCUGCUCUGCAAGGUCUGUGGGGAUGUCGCCUCUGGCUUCCACUACGGUGUCCACGCCUGCGAGGGCUGCAAGGGCUUCUUCCGCCGCAGCAUCCAGCAGAACAUCCAGUACAAGAAGUGCCUCAAGAAUGAGAACUGCUCCAUUGUCCGCAUCAACCGCAACCGCUGCCAGCAGUGCCGCUUCAAGAAGUGCCUGCUGGUGGGCAUGUCCCGUGACGCGGUGCGCUUCGGGCGCAUCCCCAAGCGGGAGAAGCAGCGGAUGCUGGCGGAGAUGCAGAGUGCCAUGAGCGGCAUGGGCAGCGCUGUGCCCGGGAUGCCCGGCCCCGGCGAGGGUCCAGCACCGAGUGGGGGCCGAGUGCUGCCCCCUGGCCCCCCCCCCGCUUGCCCCCCCCGCCUCUUCUCCCAGUUCCCCCAGCAGCUGACGCCCCCACGCUCGCCCAGCCCUGGGGGGGCCACUGAGGAUGUCAUCGCACAGGUGGCCAAGGCCCACAAGGAGAUUUUCGUCUAUGCGCACGACAAGCUGGGACCCCCCCCAGCCUGUGAGAGCGGACUCCUGCGCUGGGACGCACCCCCCGCCUGGGCCCCCGUCCCCCCUGAACCCCGGCUCUGCCCCCCUGCCUACCCUGAGCCCCCACCGCGGGGCUGCCCCUGGCCCCGUGGCACCAAGGACGUCCUGCCGGCCUGCCCCAUGAACAGCCACCCGCCCGGCCGCAGUGGGCGCUCGGUGCAGGAGAUCUGGGAGGACUUCUCCCUCAGCUUCACCCCCGCUGUCCGCGAGGUGGUUGAGUUUGCCAAGCACAUUCCUGGCUUCCAGGCCCUUUCCCAGCAUGACCAGGUCACCCUGCUGAAGGCUGGCACCUUCGAGGUGCUGAUGGUUCGCUUCGCCUCGCUGUUCGAUGUGAAGGAGCAGACGGUGACGUUCAUGAGCCGGACGAAGUACAGCCUGGAAGAGCUGUGGGGCAUGGGCAUGGGCGACCUGCUCAGCUCCAUGUUCGAGUUCAGCGAGAAGCUCAGCGCCCUCGACCUCACCGAUGAGGAGCUGGGGCUCUUCACUGCCGUGGUCCUGGUGUCAGCAGACCGCUCGGGGAUGGAGGACACGGCGUCGGUGGAGCAGCUGCAGGAGACGCUGAUCCGCGCCCUGCGCGCGCUGGUGCUGAAGACGCAUCCGGCCGAGACGUCGCGGUUCACCAAACUGCUGCUGAAGCUGCCAGACCUGCGCACCCUCAACAACCUCCACUCCGAGAAGCUGCUCUCCUUCCGCAUUGAUGCCCAGUAGGGCCCCCCCACGGACCCCGGGGACCCCCCCCGCCACCCCUGUACAUAGCACCGCGGGUACACACACACACAAACACAACCCCCCCCCCCCUCUGAGGGGCAGCACGAACCACACGGCGCCCACUGGACUCCCGGGGGGGCUGCACCCCCACAAAGUAGGCGCUGGGAUGCCAGGACCCUCCUCCCCUCCUCCCUAAGUUGGGCACCCGCCCCAUGGCUCCGCUGGCAGCGCCGGGGGGGCCUCCCCUGCCCCGGCCCCCCACCCCAGCAGCCAGCGGUGGAAAGCAGAGGCCGGAUCCAGCCGAGCUCUGGGGGUGGGGUCGGUCGGUUGUUUUGUUUUUUGUUUUUUGUUUUUUUUCAUCAUAUAUUUAUUACAUAAAUAUAUAGUAAAAUAGACCAGCAACAA